GACUCGACUCGACUUGAUCACGACAUCGACCUCUUAUCUCCCGGUCAAACAUCUCUUUUUUGCCAACCAGCUGCUGUUGGCGGUGGUGGUGGUAGUGAGCAUCAUCAUGAACAGCCUGGUGGCCACACCUCCCAUGCCUCCUCACUUCUAUGAGCACUCUCGUUUCUCCCCUUCUCGCUCAAUGUCGACCCCUAGUCAUACCCCGACCUCUCGAAAACGGAAAGCCGACGAUGAUGGCAACGACCACGAUGGACGCAUGUCGGCCUCUCCCACCAACUCCCCGGCCUUUACACCUCGUUCCCUCCCCGUCGCUCGCAACGUAAAGCGAGCCCGACCGAACGUCUCGGGUCGUCCACUGUCGCUCCCCCGCCUUCUCGAGACCCUGGACACGGAUGCCCUCCGAGGUGUCCUUCGCUCCAUGUGUGAACGUCACCCGGCACUGGCGGAUGAGGUCGUCCACACCGCUCCCCGUCCCAACGUCAGUUCGGCUCUGCAGGUCCUGCGAAACUACCAGUCCCAGCUCCAAUCCUCCUUCCCGCUGGGCAGCAACUCCCAAUCCGAUUAUGCCUACAACCGAGUCCGACAGCCUCUUGGGGAACUCUUGGACGCCUUGAGUGACUUCACCCCCCACUUUUUGCCGCCCCACGAAACUCAGCCGUCGGUGUCGUUGAACUAUCUGGAGGGAGCUACGGACAUCAUCUACGCCUUGCCCCGGUGGAGCUCGCCCCAGAACAACAUCGAGCGGGACGCUGCGUACGACGAAAUCUGCAAAGCCUGGAUCCUGGUGAUCCGGGAGGCAGCCAAGCGGGGCGGUGGCAUUCAGUUACAGUAUGGCGGGUGGGAUCAGAAACUGGCGAAGCAUAACCAAAACUCCGGCGGGAAACUGCAGGCAGCCGUGAACGAGCUUGGUUCCAGCCUGGUGUGGAUGCAUGGGUCGGAGUCCCAGUCCUACGGCAGCCCCGGGAUGAACGACCUCAGUUCCAUCCGCGAGCAGUUGCUUUCCGGGACGUAUGGCUUGGGGACGCCGGUCAAAGUCGGCCCCUGGUGAAGCCGUCUUAUAUUGAAAUGACCCCAGAUCAUCCUCAUGUGGCACAUCCGCAAUCUCUAUUUCCCUUGAUAUUGCAAGGGCGACCGACCACAUCCUCGACCGUGCACGUCCACGUAUGAUACGAUCACGAUACCAACUGCAUGAACUAGAGAGU